GAUGACGGAACUGACCAGCGGUAUGUGUCACUGAUGACAAGGAAGUACUGUUAGUGACGAAGGUAAAGUGCCGUUAAUAACGAUUGAAACUAUGAUAACACAGAAGUGUUGUGAAGGGAAAAGGAGAGAGUGUCGUAACAGUGGAAUGUCAGUAAAACAUGAUUUACACUGCUGGUGGCAGCUAGAAAGCGCCUGAAAUUAAUUACAAGAAAUUAUCAAAACGGCCAUAGUGAUCAGAUUAAACAUUUUCCUCUGAUGCUUUUUCUUUUCGCUUUUGUCUAAUUGUAAAAAAAAAAAAAAAAAAAUUACUGACCAAGGGGCCUUCCACAGCAGCGGGCCCGAGUACACCAUCCCUCCCUGCCCCUACCUGUCGUCAGGCCUGGCAACACGCACAUCACAAUUAAGGCAUUGUGAGAUCAAAAGAACUUGAUAUAGGUACCGCCACACUCAAGUCAUCGAUGUGUCAUUGCGAUGUCAACAGCCAAGUCUGAGGACACGACCUCGUUAGCCCGCUGCUACGUUUUGCUAUGUGUUCUUUCACUGCCAUGGCGGUCUUGCUGAGCCACAUAGAUGAAGAUUGUUGAUGUUGUCGAGGGUUAUCGCCGGGUAGGACUCGAUGGAGGGUGUUUGGGCUCCACCCAGCGACCGCGCAGGUCACAGGAGACCACACCUCUUCCCUUUUGUUAGCCGCCCUUUUGUCUAGGGGUACACUUGUAUUCAGGUUGAAACUCAGCAAAACAAGCUUCGAUGUAGGUACACAACAACUGCUGGUACCGACAGAAAAGGCAGGAAACCUCCACGUUCUGAACACCAUCAUGGACGAGUCGACAAAAGACGAGAACAAACCUUUGCAUUACGUGACCUCAGGCCCAUCCUGGAACGUUCUUCCCAACGUCCUGGACACCGUCAACCCCACCUACGUCAGCGAUACCAAAGCGGGGGACGUCAGCAGCGAUGACCAAGAUUUCAUACCUGCAACACCCGGGCAACUAAAGAAGUGGCCGUGGCAACCUACUCAGGAGGUCAUCUUAGACCCUCGGCGACUUCUCGGCACCAGAUCACGUGGCUGCCGGCCUGCCCAUUACCUCCGAGAGAAGAAAAGUCCCAGCGAAGUCGAACGUUUGGUGGGCUCCAGGAACUUCAGAGGGACUCCUACAAUCGAUAACUCCGCCAUCGGCCGACCUUCACGUCACGUGAUUUCAGGAUCGGCAUCGAGAUCUCGCCCCUCCGUUCCGGGCACCCUCAACCCCGCCUAUGACAGCGACGACGAGAAUGAAAACGACGGCAGCAACCGCCAACGUUUUACACAUGCGCCGUCUAACUCGUUGAACAGUUUGAAUAAUUCCACGAGAUCCAGAGGUCAGGUUCACACAGAUGAUAAUGAUGAGGAAGAUCACCUUACUGUGGAUGACAUGGUGGUAGUGGAACGACCUAUAUAUACACAACUAGCCUUUGAGCGUGGGUUUGAAGCAUUCCAACAUCCCAAGAAAUCCCCUAAGACGUGGAUAAGGAGUCGCAUCAAGAAGUUUCAAUGUUCCUGUACAUGUAUGGGUAGCUUCUUUAUGAAGCUCUUUCCAUUUGUGGGAAUUCUGCAGGGUUACAGUCUGCGUUCAGACUUUCCCAAAGAUGUCAUAUCUGGGCUAACUGUGGGAAUUAUGAACAUUCCUCAGGGUAUGGCAUAUGGUCAGCUGACGACACUUGAUCCUAUUUAUGGACUGUAUGUGUCAUUCUUUCCCGUCCUUUUUUACUUCUUCUUUGGAACCUCUAGACAUAUAUCAAUUGGAACAUUUGCUGUGAUAAGUCUCAUGGUAGCUAAUGCUGUGGACAAGGGUUUGUCAGCCAGGAACAUUGUCAGUCAGUCCUGGAAUCAGACUGUUGAAGAUGGGGGUAACAUCACAUAUCAGAUAGUCACUAAUGCCAAGGAAGUCAUGCACGUUAGGGUGCAGUUGGCCUUGGCUGUUACAUUUGCUGCUGGCUGUGUUCAGCUGUUGCUGGGAAUAUUUCAGCUUGGGUUUGUGACAGUGUAUUUAUCAGAUCCACUUAUCAGUGGCUUCACAACAGGAGCAGCAUGUCUUGUAUUCUCCUCUCAGAUCAACCAGAUAUUUGGUGUCACAACUGGGCGUUACAAUGGUCCUCUGAAUCUGAUCUAUUUUUACAGAGACUUCUUUGUGAAGAUCCCUACCACAAACUCAGUGACGCUGAUUGCUUCAGUAGUAACUAUUACAUUUCUGAUUGUGGUGAAGACAUACAUCAAUGACAACCCAAAGAUCAAACCCAAGCUAAAGAUGCCAGUUCCUGUGGAACUUAUAGUAGUCGUGCUUGGUACAGUCAUUUCCCACUUUGUUCAGCUUAAUAAACAGUACAAAGUGAAGACUGUUGGUGAUGUUCCAACAGGAAUUCCUCCACCUUCGGUUGCCCAUGUUCCUUAUAUUACAGACGUUAUCUCUGAUGCUAUUGCAUUAGGGAUUGUAGCAUUUGCCAUCUCUGUCUCCAUGGCAAAGAUCCAGGCUAGGAAACAUGGCUAUGAAGUUGACUCAAAUCAGGAGCUAAUAGCCUAUGGACUCUGUAACAUUGCCAGUUCAUUCUUUUCAUCAUUUUGUGCUGCUGCCUCCUUGUCCCGCACCCUGGUUCAGGAGGGAGUUGGUGGGAAAACACAGGUGGCUGGUUUGGUAUCAAGUGCACUUUUAUUGGUUGUCUUGUUAGUUCUUGGAUCCUAUUUCCAGUCUCUGCCAAACUGCAUUUUGGCUUCAAUCAUUGUGGUAGCUUUAAGAGGAAUGUUUAGGCAGUUUGCAGAACUCAAGAGGCUUUGGAAUAUCUCUGUAAUAGACUUUGCUGUGUGGCUUGUUAGCUUCAUUGCUACUGUGCUGCUGGACGUUGACCUUGGCCUGUUGGUGGGUGUCCUUUUUGCUCUACUUACUGUCAUCAUCCGCAGUCAAAGGCCUUAUGUGUGUCUGCUUGGUCAAGUCAAUGGUACAGAUCUUUACAAGGAUCUUGCUAUCUACAAAGCUGCAACAGAAAUAAAGCACAUCAAGAUCUUCCGUUUUGAUGCUGCAUUAUUUUUUGCUAACAGUGAAUACUUCAAGACAACCCUGUACAAAAUGACAGUUGACCCAAACAGUCUAAAAAAAUUGAAGAAGAAGUCUGAAAGAGAGCUUCGGCUUGCUGUUUCCAUUCCAAGCACAAACCACUUGUGCUGUAUGCAAGCAGGCCGAAGCAGUGGGAUGGACACAAAUCAGAUUCAAGAGGUCAGUGACACCCAGGAAGCAGACUGUACAGAAACAGACCACAAAGACUAUCAAAUUAUUCUGCCAGCAUUCACAGAUAUCUACUUUGUCAUCAUAGACUGCAGAGCAAUUAACUAUGUAGACUCUGUGGGUGUUAAAGUUCUCCAACAGGUUGUCACUGAACUAAAGACCUACUCUGUCAAUGUCUUUCUAGCAAACUGCAAAGCGGCAGUCCGUGAAAUGUUUGAGAAAACAGACUUCUACAGAACAAGUGAUAAGCAAUGCCUUUUUCUCUCGGUGCAUGAUGCAGUGCGGUAUGCUCAGCGUUUGCUUUUGAUUGUGUCAGGGGAGGAGAGAGAAACAUGUGCUGAUGAAAACAGUGUCUUCUUGGAGGGCAUACAAGAACACGAACUAAGCUCAGCAGAAGAACAUGAUACAUUAUCUCCAGUAGACAACAGUAAGGUUUCAGCAUCUGAAACCAACAGACCUUUGCCUUGAUGCUAUGACUGUUAUCAACACUUCUUCCAUUUGUGGUGAGCCCACCAGUGAAAACAUUUUGACAUUAAAAUUGUUUUCCAAGCAAACAUGGUCACAUCAGACAUCAAGGGAGGGGGUAAAAAAAGGAAAGGAGAGAUUGGGAACAAAAGUACUUGCUAAAAGAGAAUCCAAGUGGAUUUAGUCGACAUCAGCUAUUGUUCUCGAACACUUCUCAAUCAUUUAUGCUGCAGGGUAUCUAAACGUUAUUCUCUUUCACCAUUACUGCAGAUGGAUGCUUAUUUGUUUCAUUCAUAAGUUUUAUUCAACCGCUUGUAAAGCUAGGUGCUCCACAAGACUACAUUUGCAAAUGUGAUUACCAGGCAAAUUUCAUAGAUUGGUUUGGAAUAUUUUGCAUAGUUGUUCUCUCCACCCCAAGCAACCAAAAAAAGGCAAAAUCAGUUCAGGGCAGUUGCUUCAGGGUUACAUGACAGUUUUAUUGCACUAUUGUGCAGCUGGCUGUCCCGCAGCAAUCAACACUUCUGAGACUGACUUGUUAGUUUUUCACAGUUUUGUGCUGCUGAUUACAUUAAUGUUAGCCUUCUGAGGUACACAGCAGGACUGUCAACCAGCGAAUAUAAAUGAGAUCCCAUGUAUGGCUGGAGUUGCAGGUUACAUCAUCACAGUGUCCACAAGGCAAGUCGAUCAGUACUAAAGGACUGAUAAUGAUUCAUUGAGAGAUUGAUUCAGCAAUAGUCUUUCCAUAUUCUGAUGAAGUCUCCUCACCAUGGGCUUUUUUUUUUUCUUUUUUAGGGGUAGGGGAGUGAAAAGGAUAUGAGAAGACGUGGACAGAGUAAUUUGUUAUUUAUUUAGAUGUUGAGUCAUUUGCUGUUUAUCGAAAUAUGUGCAAGGAUGAAAUUGUAUGCUUGCUUAUGUUGUGAAAGGAUAAAAGGGCCUAUGAUUUGUUAUACUAAAAUACUGAGAAAAUACUUUACAAAAUUGUGUUUAUGCAGACUAACAUCUAAAAAUGGUCAGUAUUUUCUGUGUGAAUUAUCUCAGAUGUGAUUUUGUUAAGCUUUUAUUCAAGCAUAUUUUUUAUUGUCUUGCUUGUGAUACUUUUUUAAAAUUUGUGGGUUUUCUUUUCAACGUGAUCAAAAAUGUAAACAAAGAAAAAGAUCAAAGGAAAAGCAUGGUAGAUAACAAAGAAAGAUGAUGUCUAGUCCUUGCAUGACUUUCAUCAUUUGUAAGUUUGGUUUUUCAAUGAGUAAUGUUACUGUCAGAUAAUCAAAACUGAAUGUAUUUAUCACCAAUAAAACUAUAAACUUUAAGAAGAAUUCAUUUAUUUGCCAAGUGACAUUGCAUUAAGAAUUUGGCUUGAUGAUGGCCGCCACUUAGUCAACAAAUACCAAUCACACUCACACUGUAUAUGUUAUAUAUAACAUAAUAUUUUGUGUUAGUAUUAUGUAUGCUUCACUUGUUAUAUCAGGGCAGCUCUACAAUUUGGCCUUUUUACUUCAAGAUGCUUAUGUUAGAAGGAAAAAUAUGAGCAACUCAUUUGAAUCAUAUCUGUGAUGGACAUACUCUAGAUUUUAAUGGCACUUGUUUAGUUGGAUGUUUCUAGAAAAUUUAUUGAACAGUUUUUUUCCAGCUGUUUUUAUUGCUGUCUCUCGUGCACCAUUGGUGAUACACAUGGCUGGAAGCUUGUGUAUGCGAGGUGUUGGUGGUGGAGGGAGUCUGUGUUUAUAUGAAUAGAAACUAUUCAUUUAUGCAGUCUCCUGAUGUUGGAUAAAACAUUGAUAAGUAAAUGUUUUGUAUGUUUUGUAUUUCACAUUCUGAAUGCCCACAUGCACUAUUGCUCCUGACCUCUAGCUUACAUAUCAGCAAUGAUUCAUUCUCACUCUCUCUCUGCUAAGUAACAACAAAAACUGGACUUCCUUUCUCUUAAGGAUAGCAUUUGCCAAAGUUAAAAUCUAUGCAGGCAGGAUAUUAUUUCAAAGUGGUUUUUUUUCAAAGAACAGCAUAUUUUUGCAUUUUAUAAUGUUUUAAUUUUUGCAAAAUAGCAAAAUAUGUAUUCCAUCAAAGUUAUUUUCUCAAAUAAUUAAGAAAGAAUUAGGGAUUCAGUUGUGGGUUUUAUUUUUUCAUUUCCCUGAGGAUAAAAAAAAAUUCAUUGCUUGACCAUCUUUUGUGGGUAAAAAGCAUGAUUUAAAAAAUAAAACGAUGGAUGGGUUAUUUUUUCAUUGCCAGCUUUAUCAGGCACAUUAUCAGAAAAAGUUAUUACAGUGUACUACUUAUUGAAAUAUAUACUUCUGUCAAGUUUAUUUUUAUAAUUUUAUAUAUGUCAUUAAUACAUUUCUUUUAAAAUGUCCAAAAUGUAAAACUGUACAUUUUUCCAAGCCAAAAUUUAUUUGAAACAUGUAAUCAUUAUACUGUUUUAUGUUUAUAGUUUUAUAAAGUGCACAUCUGUAUGGGCAUUAGCAUGAA